UCUAAGGGACGACUCUGUUUCACCCCAAGGAUGCACAGGACGGGCUUCCAGCGAAGAUUCUUCUGUGCCUUGGGGCUCUUGUUCUGCUUUGUCGUGCCCAAGGCAGCCCCCAAGCCUCCCGGGGCCCCUCCCAACUGCAGCAACAAGGAGCAACAGGUCACAUUCAGCCACACUUACAGGAUCGAUGUGCCCAAGGCCACCCAGGUCCAAGUGGAGGCUGACCCACCACCCCUCGGAGACCAGGGGACCGCGCUGAUCGACCCCGGGGAGGCCGGCGAGGAGCAGAAUAUCAUUUUCCGGCACAACAUCCGCCUGCAGGCCCCAAAGGCAGACUGCGAAGCGGCGGGCGGCCUGCAGGACUUGCUGGCGCGGGUGAAGAAGCUGGAAGACGAGGUAGCAGAACUCAAGGAAAAAUGCAACCCUCAGAACUGCUGUGGUGGAGCUCAGGGGCUCAGCGGUCACUGCAGCGGCCAUGGGACUUUCAUACCCCAGACUUGCAGCUGCCAGUGCGACGUGGGCUGGAGAGGCCCCGACUGCUCCCUUCCCGGCUGCCCCGGAGCCUGCAGUGGCCACGGGCGCUGCAUGGACGGCCAGUGCGUUUGCGACGAGCCCUACAUCGGGGAGGACUGUGGCUACCUGCCCUGCCCCGAGAACUGCAGCGGGAAUGGCGUGUGCGUGCGAGGCGUCUGCCAGUGCCAUGAGGACUUCAUCUCCGAGGACUGCAGCGAGAGGCGGUGCCCCAACGACUGUAGCGGGCACGGCUUCUGCGACGCCGGAGAAUGCUACUGCGAGGAGGGCUUCACCGGGCUGGACUGCUCUGAGGUUGUUGCUCCACAGAGACUGCAGCUACUCAAGAGCACAGAGGACUCUCUGCUUGUCAACUGGGAUCGGGUGACGGACGUGGACCAUUACCUGCUCAGCUACUAUCCGAUGGGGCUGGAGCACUCCGUGAAGCAGGUCCAAGUCCCCAAAGAUCAGCUCAGCUAUGAGAUCCUGGGCCUGCUCCCCAGCACCGAGUACAUAGUCACUCUACGCAAUGUGAAGAAAGGGCUUUCCAGCACCCCACAGCAUCUUCUGGCCACCACAGACCUGGCCUUGAUUGGCACCGCUUGGGUGACAGAUGAAACAGAGACCUCUCUGGAAGUGGAAUGGGAAAACCCCCCCAUGGAAGUGGAUUACUACAAGCUGAAGUUCAGUCCCCUCCUUGGGCAGGAGGUAGAAGAGGAGGAGGAAGAGGAGAAGGAAGUGACUGUACUCAAGAGCAAUGACCCCAAGAGCAGAUAUGAUCUCACAGGUUUGCAGCCCGGAACGGAGUACAAGAUCACUGUCAUACCCAUGAGAGGCGGGUUAGAGGGGAAAUCCAUGUCCUUGAAUGGCAGGACAGGUAUCGACAGCCCAACUAACUUGGUGACCGAUCGAGUAACUGAGGACACAGCCGUCGUCUCCUGGGACGUGGUCCAGGCCCCCAUAGACAGGUAUGUCGUGCGCUACGCCUCUGCCGAUGGGGAGACCAAGGACGUCCCAGUGGCAAAGGACCAGAGCACCACCACCCUGACAGACCUGAGACCGGGCGCGGAGUACUCUGUCUACGUGUGGGCUGAGAAGGGGACACAGGAGAGCAAGAAAGCCAACACAAAAGCCGAGACAGAUAUUGACAGUCCAGCCAAUGUGGUGACAGAGCGAGUGACUGAGGAUACAGCCAUCAUUUCCUGGGACAAGGUCCAGGCUCCCAUAGACAGAUACAUGUUGCGCUACAUUGCGGCCAGUGGAGAGACCAAGGACGUCCCCGUGGUGAAGGACCAGAGCACCACCACCCUGACAGGACUGAGACCAGGCGUGGAAUACUCCAUCUACGUGUGGGCUGAGAAGGGGACCCACGAGAGCAAGAAAUCCGACACGAAAGCCGAGACAGAAAUCGAUGGCCCUAAAAACCUGGUGACCGAUCGAGUGACCGAAAACACAGUCAUCGUCUCCUGGGACAGAGUCCAGGCCCCCAUAGACAGGUACGUCGUGCGCUACACCUCUGCCGAUGGGGAGUCCAAGGAUGUCCCCGUCGCGAAGGACCAGGUCUCCACCACUCUGACGGGCCUGAGACCAGGCGAGGAGUACUCCGUCUCCGUGUGGGCUGAAAAGGGGACCCAGGAGAGCAAGAAAGCCGACACGAAAGCCAAGACAGAAAUCGAUGGCCCUAAAAACCUGGUGACCGAUCAAGUGACCGAAAACACAGUCAUUGUCUCCUGGGACAGAGUCCAGGCCCCCAUAGAUAGGUACGUCGUGCGCUAUACCUCUGCCGAUGGGGAGUCCAAGGAUGUCCCCGUCGCGAAGGACCAGGUCUCCACCACUCUGACGGGCCUGAGACCAGGCGAGGAGUACUCCGUCUCCAUGUGGGCUGAGAAGGGGACCCAGGAGAGCAAGAAAGCCGACACGAAAGCCGAGACAGAAAUCAAUGGCCCUAAAAGCCUGGUGACCGAUCGAGUGACCGAGAACACAGCCAUCGUCUCCUGGGACAGAGUCCAGGCCCCCAUAGACAGGUACGUCGUGCGCUACACCUCUGCCGAUGGGGAGUCCAAGGAUGUCCCCGUCGCGAAGGACCAGGUCUCCACCACUCUGACGGGCCUGAGACCAGGCGAGGAGUACUCCGUCUCCGUGUGGGCUGAGAAGGGGACCCAGGAGAGCAAGAAAGCUGACACCAAAGCUGAGACAGGAAUCGAUGGCCCUAAAAACCUAGUGACUGAUCGAGUGACCGAGAACACAGCCAUCGUCUCCUGGGACAAGGUCCAGGCCCCCAUAGACAGAUACGUCAUACGCUACAUCUCUGACGAUGGGGAGACCAAGGAUGUCCCAGUGGCAAAGGACCAGAGCACCAUCACCCUGACAGGCCUGAAUCCCGGCGUGGAGUAUUCCAUCUACUUGUGGGCUGAGAAGGGGACCCAGGAGAGCAGGAAAGCUGACACGAAAGCCGAGACAGAAAUCGAUGGCCCUAAAAACCUGGUGACUGAUCGAGUAACUGAGGACACAGCCAUCGUCUCCUGGGACAGGGUCCAGGCCCCCAUAGACAGGUACAUCGUGCGCUACACCUCUGCCGACGGGGAGACCACAGAGGUCCCUGUGGCGAAGGACCAGAGCACCACCACCUUGACAGGCCUGAGACCAGGCGCGGAGUACUCCAUCUAUGUGUGGGCUGAGAAGGGGACCCAGGAGAGCAAAAAGGCCAACACAAAAGCCGAGACAGAAAUCGACAGCCCUAAAAACCUGGUGACUGAUCGAGUGACUGAGGAUGCAGCCGUCGUCUCCUGGGACAGGGUCGAGGCCCCCAUAGACAGGUACAUCGUGCGCUACACCUCUGCCGAUGGGGAGACCAAGGAGGUCCCUGUGAUGAAGGACCAGACCACCACCACCCUGACAGGCCUGAGACCAGGCGUGGAGUACUCCGUCUACGUUUGGGCUGAGAAGGGGACCCAGGAGAGCAAAAAAGCUGACACGAAAACCGAGACAGAAAUCGAUAGCCCUAAAAAUGUGGUGACUGAUCGAGUGACCGAGAACACAGCCAUCGUCUCCUGGGACAGGGUCCAGGCCCCCAUAGACAGGUACAUCGUGCGCUACACCUCUGCUGAUGGAGAGACCAACGAGGUCCCCGUGGCAAAGGACCAGAGCACCAUCACCCUGACGGGCCUGAGACCGGGCAUGGAGUACUCUGUCUACGUGUGGGCUGAGAAGGGGACCAAAGAGAGCAAAAAAGCCGACACGAAAGCCGAGACAGAGAUUGACAGCCCCACAAAUCUAGUGACCAACAGAGUGACCGAGGAUUCAGCCGUCAUCUCCUGGGACGGGGUCCAGGCUCCCAUAGACAGGUACCUGGUGCGUUACACCUCUGCCGAUGGAGAGACCAAGGUGAUACCCGUGGGGAAGGACAAGAAAACCACCACCCUGACGGGCCUGAGGCCAGGGAUGGAGUACUCCGUCUACGUCUGGGCUGAGAAGGGGAGCCGGGAGAGCAAGACAGCUGACACGAAAGCUCUGACAGACAUCGAUCCUCCCAAGAACCUCCGGGUGUCUGAUGUUACCCAGUCUGGGGGUGUGGUGACCUGGAAGCCGCCUUCUGCUCAGAUCGACGGCUACAUUCUGACCUACCAAGCCCCAGAUGGCACCAGCAAGGAGGUACAGCUGGGAUCCUUGGACCAAAGGUUCACGCUGGAAAGUCUGGAACAUGGUGCCAGUUAUACCAUCUCUCUAGUGGCUUUUAAAGGUGCUCGACAGAGCAGGAGAGUAUUCACCACCUUAUCAACAGUGGGUGUCAAGUUCCCUCACCCUUCAGACUGCAGCCAAGUCCAGCAAAACGGCAACGUAGCCAGUGGCAUGUACACCAUCUAUUUGCACGGUGAUGCAAGCAGGCCCUUGGAGGUGUACUGCGACAUGGACACUGAUGGAGGAGGAUGGAUUGUAUUCCAGAGGCGAAACACUGGACAGCUGGAUUUCUUCAAGCGCUGGAGAACCUAUGUGGAAGGCUUUGGAGAUCCUACAGGAGAGUUCUGGCUCGGACUUGAAAAACUGCACAAUCUUACCAGUGGCACCCCCAUUCGUUAUGAGGUCCGGGUGGACUUGAAGACCUCCAAUGAGUCCGCCUACGCUGUCUACGAUUUCUUCCAAGUAGCCUCUAGCAAGGACAGGUACAAGCUGUCGGUGGGAAAAUACAGAGGCACGGCAGGCGACGCUCUGACCUACCACAAUGGCUGGAAGUUCACCACCUUCGACAGGGACAACGAUAUAGCCCUCAGCAACUGCGCCCUGACACACCACGGUGGCUGGUGGUACAAGAACUGCCAUCUGGCGAACCCCAACGGCAAAUACGGAGAAACCAAGCACAGUGAGGGGGUGAACUGGGAGCCCUGGAAAGGGCACGAAUUCUCCAUCCCGAACGUGGAGUUGAAGAUCCGCCCCCAAAACUUCAGCAGCGAGCACGUCCUGGGGAGGAAGAAGAGGACUCUGGCGGGGAAGAGGAAAAUCACCAGAAGGCGCAACUGACCAGGCCCCAGAGUGAGACAAGAACAACAGGGGCUGCGAGGGUAAAUUCCAGAGGAACCAGGAAUAUCUAUUUCUGAAAGCCGUGAAG